AUGAAUAUUGAUCUUACAGAUUCAGGAUAUUAUCAAAAUAAUGCCAGUAGUGAUAAUAUAGAAAAUAAGAAAAAUGAUAAUUGCAUUGAAUUAGUAAAAGAAAAAAUAUUUGUCUAUAAAUGCAAUAUAUGCCUGCUAGUAUUUACAUGCGUUCAUAUUUUUGAGCACCAUAUUAUAAAGGAGAAUCAUCGAGUUAAACAAUUAGACGUAUUAAAAAAAGAUAAAUAUUUUAAUUGUUUAAGAUGCAAAUAUAUAUGUCUUAGCAUUGUUAAAAUAAUAAAACAUUUAGAAUUAUAUAAUCAUGGCCAAAACAUUUUAAAAAAAAUUAAAAAAAAAAUUCUAUAUACUGGAAAGGCUAUUUGUGAAUGUAAAAUAAAAUGCUACUCCUUAUAUUCACAAAAUCAGGCUAAUGCAGAAAACAAAGAAGCUGUUAGAAAUAAAAAGGACAAUGAUCUUAAAUUGGCUAUAAAUGAUGAAGUAAACAUAAAAAGGGGGAAUAAAACAAAUGACGAAAUAGAAAAGGAAAGAAACACUUCCUAUAUAUAUAAUAAAUUCGAAAGUAGCAAACCAUCUAUUAGAUAUAUAGACCAGAAUGAAUACCAUAAAGAUAACGAAAAUAAUAUUCAAUUUUAUGAUAAUUUAACUUCUUUUUUUCAGAAACAUAAUACCCCCAAUAAACACAAAAUAAGAGAUGAUAUAUAUACUAAAAUUCUAAGCAAGGACAUACCUAUGCAUUCAUUUCCUCCAUUCUCUAAAAACUUAUCACAAAAAAACAAUACUAUUAAUAAUCGAAACCCUAAAAGGAAUACGAUGGAUGGUGUAAUAUAUGAUGAAAUAAGAAAAAGAGGUAGUGACACAUAUUGUAUUAAUAACAAAAGUUGCAAUAUUUCUGAUGAAAAUAUUGAGCUUCAAAAAAUUAUUACAAAAGGUAAUAUUAUUGCAAGGACCACAAGUAGUAGUAACACUAGUGACGAUACAGCUGGCGAAGAAAAUAAUUUGGAUUCUAUAUUAAUAGAUACAGAAAAAAUGCAUGAUUUUAAUAGUAAUUGGCCAGAUUUACACAAAUCGGAAGAUCAACGAAAUAAAAAAAAAAUACAUAGAAAAAGUGAUGAUAUUAAUCAUAACAUACUAUUAGACAUAUAUUCAAAUAACUCUGAUUUUAGAAAAUCAAAAACCUUUCACCAUUUUUCUUUAAAUAGUUGUAAUGAAAAAAAAGAACAUGAAAUAGAUGACACAUUUGAAAAUAAUACUAUUCCAUUGAGAGGAGAUACAAACAUAAUUUCUGAUGAUAAUGCCAAAAUUACUAAGGAAAAAAUCGGCAGCUUUAGACAUAAAAAUAAUAUUGAUAACUAUCAAUGGGGUAUGCUUAAUUGGGACUUAUAUCGAAACAUAGAGAAGACAAAUCUUCAUGAAUCGUCUCAAAAUAUUGAAAAAAAAAAUAAUGAUCGAAAUAAUAAUGAUAUUAAAAACUAUAAUAGUAGACAUUCUAUUCCUUCUACUUUCAAAAGGGGCGAAAACGAAAAUAAAAUAUAUAGAAAUUCCGAUUUUGUAAAAUCGCCAAAUGAAAAAAAACUUUUAUCAAUAUUUAUUCCUGAUUUAGUAAGCAAUAUACUUGGAAAAAAUGAUGAAGAAAAGCAAAAUGAAACAAAUUCAUAUUUCUCAAAUAUUUCAAAAAAUGUAACAGAUUAUGAUAUAUUAAAUACGCAAAACCUCCAAAAUAAAAAAGCUUCUUUUACAAAACAAUCUAAUAUUAAUAAUUCGGAUUUACACACACAAAAUAAUGACUGCAAAAUUAAAAGUAGGAAUGAUGAUGUUUAUAAUAAGCAAAAUGAGAAGGUGAAAGAAAAUAUUACAAGCCAGACCAACAAAAUUAGAGAGCAUUUAUCAGAAAAUUAUAACAAACAUGAAGAUAAUCAUACAAUUUUUCCAAAUAUAAACCCUGAACAUUUUUCAAAGAUUCAAUAUUGUGACAUGGUAUUGAAUGCCAAUGAUAAUAUACAUAGUAAAACAAUAAACUAUGAUGAUGCUGAAAGCGAUAAAUGCGGAAACGAUUUUAUUUGCAAAAAAAUUAAUAAAAUAUAUGAUAAUUUAUCAUGUUUUGAAACUUUUCAAAACGAAUUAGCAAUGAAUAUGCACUAUGCGGAUGAAAAUUUAAAUUUCUCACCUCAGUUCAACCAACCCAUAGAAAUGGAAAAAUAUAAACACAUAAAUAUGAGAAAUAAACACCAAAUGAAGAAUGACAUUGAUAGAGAUGGAAAUAAUAGUGUAUUCUACAGGGAUAACGACAACACCCCAAUUUCUAUAACUAAUAUGGGAGUAAAAAACGACGAAUUAUUAAACAUUUAUCACAGUUUAAAUGCAAACAAAAUAAAUGAUACAGAAUAUAGAUUAAAAAAUAAAACAAAACGCUCUAUAGCAUCCAAUAUGAAUGAUUUGUCUUUCUUAGAAUCCAUAAAUAAGGAUGAUCAAAAUAAAAUAAAUAGUAACACAUUUUGGGAGUUUAUAAACUACUACAGUAAUAAUAAUAUUCACGAUAACCAAGAUAAUAAAAGGAACAUAAAUUUUUUUAAACAAAAUGAAGAUGAUAGUUGGGAUACAUUUACAAAUAAUAGAAAAGAUAGCAGCGAAGUUUCAUAUAAUGAUGAUACAAUACCUGAUUGGAUAGGUAAAGAAGUAAAUAGUAAUAAUAGUGAUAGAACAUUUGACGAGCAACACCAAUGGAAACAGAAAACAAAUUAUAAUAAUAUUUAUACAAAGGAUGAAAAGAAAUGCACACAUAUUUUCAAUCCUAAGGAUGAUGAAGAAAUUUCAUGGGAUAGUAGUGAUAAAAAACUAAAUCAUCAUAUUGACUAUGGACACUGGAUUAAUGCUAACGAGAAGGAUAACCUCGGAAUGAAAAAUAAAAAAUAUUGA